GAAGUCGAGGAGAUGACACGCAGGGCUGCCGCCCAAAACAGCGGCGUCACAGAAGCCUCCGCGGCCGCCAAGAGAGGGGUACUGGACCCUCGUUCCUCUGAAGAGGAUGAGCCAUCUUCCCAAACUGUUUUCAGCCAAACAGUUUCAGAAAACAGGAGAACACAAGAGGUUCCAGUGAUGAGAGAAAAUCUUAUCAUCAGCCUAUAUAGACCCCCUCUAAGAAGCUCAAGAUGCGAUUGGGCAUACAAAACAAAUGGACCUACUAACAUGGGUGAAUUCGAAACCACUUCUGUCAGACAGAAGGUCAAUUUCUCUGAAGAAGGAGAAACUGAAGAGGACGAUCAAGAAAGCUCUGACGGUGAGGUCACCACUGCUUGUUCAGAGCUGGGGAUUCUGCUGAGUCUGGGGACCAGAUCACCCGGUCAAUGUGAUGACGGUCAUCACCAAGUCCAGACUUCACAGCUCAUGAUAAGCAACCUUUAGUGCUGAGCUCAGGAGAUAAAAAAAAAAAAAAAAAAUUCAGGAAUGGA